ACUUUAUGUGAAAAAUGGCUGUGGCACGGCCUUGUCUGAAAUUGAGGCUGCACAGCAGUACAAGUGAGACAAAACCGAGUUUAAUGAGCUGGCUGCAGCCGGAACACAUGAGACUGCCGCAGCACUUGUCCCUGGCCAACGGAUCGAGCCAACUAUUAAUGGCAACAGGCUGGAAGUUUAUGCGAAAAGUUUCUGAAAGUAAUACGCAGAGAAAACACAAGCCGAGCUAAGUCCCAUCAAGCAACAAUAAAAGCGAGGAGGGAAAAACGCUUAAAUCAGCACAAGAAACCACCAAAGACGAGGGGAGGAGAGGAGAGAAUCCGCAGAAAAGUUUUCCGGCAACGGAUUUCCAUUCUCCCGAGCACCGGCAUCAUCAUCAUCCCCGCAGCUCAGUUAUUGUUUCGCCAAGGAUUACAUAUUAUGCGAUAAACAUGAAAUACACAAACGAUACACGACUCAUUGUGUUCAUUUGCUGUUUGCUGCAAGGUUUUGCCGUGGGCCUGCGCAUGAUAAAGGUCUCCAUUCCCGCCUACAAGCUGCGCGGUGAGUCCGCCUUCCUGGAGUGCCAGUACGAGCUGAACCGGACGCACCACACGGUGACGGGGCUGCAGAGUCGCUCGGACCACGACCAUGCCCACGGCCACCAGAGCCACGGCGGCGAGUUCCACUAUCCGGAUGGCGAGCCGCUGGAGGAGGAGCGGUCGCCGUACGGUCGCCCCCGGAUGCGCCAGAAUCAGCGGCAGCAGCACGGGCAGCGCCCCAGGCAGCGGGACCGGGAGCCCAUCGCCAUGCGGCAGUACCAGAGUCAACAGAACCACCAGCAGCCGCCGGCUCCGCCGGAGAAGUCGCCGUACGGGCACAGUGUCUACCGGGGCAGUGCGGCCUCCGGCUACCUGGGUGCCGCCCACGUGGGCGCCAGCACUCACAGCGGUUCCGUGUCGGUGAGCAGCAACGGCAACAACGGGAACAACGGCGGGCCGGCGGCCUACAUGCCCGAGUUCGAUCGGGCGGACAGCUUCGACGACAGUAUCGACCGCGAGGAGGAGGAGGAGGAAGAGGAGGAGGAACAGGUCGAGGAGGGCGAGGCCCUGUACGCCAUCAAGUGGUACAAGGACAACGAGGAGUUCUACCGCUACGUGCCAAAGGCCCGGCCGCCAAAAACCAGCUACCGAGUGGACGGAGUGCGCGUCAUUGAGGAGCUCUCGGACGCGAGUCGCGUGCUGCUGCGCGGACUGACGCUGAACUCCACCGGAACGUACCGCUGCGAGGUGUCCGCCGAGGCCCCCAACUUCUCCUCCGUGCAGGGCGAGGGACGGAUGGACAUUGUCUUUCUGCCCCGCGAUGGACCACAUAUAAGGGGACAGCAGUAUCAGUAUCAGAUCGGCGAGUACUUGUAUUUAAAUUGCACGUCGGGCAAAUCACAUCCGGCCUCGCAUUUGCAGUGGUUUGUCAACGAGCAGCCGAUCCUCGACGAGCACUACCUGCACAAAUACAACGACAUCGUGCACAAACACGGGCUAAUCACCUCGACUUUGGGCCUGCAGCUGCCGCUGGAGCCGCGCCACUUCCACGACGGCGACAUGCGCGUCAAGUGCCUGGCCAGCAUAUCGCCGGUCCUGUGGAAGGGCGGCAAGGAGAGCGUCCUGCAGCGGCGGCCGGGGAUCAUCGACAACCGCGAGGCCAUGCUGCUGGUGAAAGGAGCAGCUGGCCACUCGGAGAGCAGCUUGCUGCGAACACUGACCAUCGCCAUCAUUCUGGCCAGAACCGGGCAGUGGCUACUUGGCUCGGAGCUGACCUAAGCCAGUCCCCGAAGACGACUGGCAUCCCGUUCGACUCGUUUCAAUUAACAAAGCAUUCAUUUCAAUUCAAUUCAAUUCAAUUGCAAUUGCAGAGCAUAAAUGGUGAUUUUGUAUACUUUAAGUGUAAUAUCCUUAGUUCUUAAGCGAAGAGGAGCAGGCGAAGGGAAAGCAAGAAACAAAAACAGACAAAUUGGGUAAAUGUGUUAUAGCAUGUAAAAAUCAUUAAGCAACGCGAGAGAAAACGAGUUAAAUAGUAUUAAAGGCGGCGGAGGAGGAAAUGAAACUCCUCAUAGAAAACAAGAAAAACGAAACUCCUGUGUGCAGAGACACACAGAAUUCAAUUAGCAAAAUUGUUAAGUAACUAAAUUCCAAUCCCAUAUAUAUGACAUAUCCCCCAUCGCCCAUCGUCCCCGAAUAUCAGGCCCAGCUGAGGGUUCGUUGUGCGUAAUUUCUGUGUAAAUACUUGAAUGGUAACGACAAAGUCUAGGGCAAACUUUGGACUUUUGUCAAAUAAUGUCUGAGUGGCAUCAAUUUCAAAUGGUAGCUGCAAACUUUGCCAUAACAGAUGCUAAAACUACAUAAUUGCAAAAAACAAAAAACGAGUAACGAAAAACAAAAAGCGAAAAACCCAGGGGGAAAGUAAGCUGGAAAGUGCUCUUUUCCCCUCUUUUAGUUACGAUUCCGGCAAGUAUUUGCUUUCUGACUCUGAAAAGUAUUUCCAAUUGUAUUUAGUUUUGUAAAUGAAGUCCGUAAGGGAGGAGCAAUCUCUAAGUGGAAUUAUCUUGUUGAUGGAUCAAUUACCGGAGUUGAGACCCUUUCAGUUGUCGCACAUCCUAGUCGUAUGAACUGUAUAAAGGAGAAUCGGGAUAUGUGUCAUAUCUGUAUCGAUAAGAACCUUUGCUAAACUAGAACCGUAAGCUAGGUGUUUAAGUUGUAGCCGAACUGUCCCCCCCAAAAGAAGAGAUUCCCCCUAACUGUAUGUAGCGAUACCCAGAGGAUAAAAGCUCCCCGACGAUAUAACUACUAUGUAUGAUGAUAUGUAUAUGUAUACAAUAAAUGAGACCCCUCCUUUUUCCCCCCAGA